GUUAAACUGGCACUUAAAAAGAAGCUCGCUUUGGCUCCUGUGCAUUUCACCAGCAGGGAGCGGUGAAUAGUAGAGUAGAUGACAUACCAGCUUCAGGGGAAAGGUGGUGUUUUUCUUACUUCAUUGAAGCAAGUGUGUUUAGCCCUACCUCCCUACUCUUCCAUAGUACGUUUUUCUCUCCCACCGUUUCUUUGGCGUGAGCCAGCCAUGGGCACUGGCAUGGACAGGUCUCUGUGGUCCAUGCUGCUGCUGCUGCCAGCCAUCGGACUCUCUGUGGCUCUGCCAGCAAGCUGGCUGCCAGGGGAUUAUCAAAAUACCUCAGAUGGUGCAUUGCAAUUCCUCACAGACUACAACAGCACUGCUGAGGAGGUGUUAUUCGACAGCGUCUCUGCCAGCUGGAAGUACAACACCAACAUCACGGACCACAACUCGAUGCUCCAGGUAAAUGCAGCCCUUGAAGAGCAGGCAUUCUCUGAAGCCUGGGGGAUGAAGGCAAAGCAGGUCUUCACUCCCGAGCUGAUAAACUCUCUAAAACCUACAGAGAAGAAUCUGAUGGUAAAGAUCAAGACGCUGGGACCUGCCAACCUGCCCCAGGAAGAAAGAAAGGAGUACAACACCAUUCUCAGCACCAUGGACAAUAUUUAUUCAACAGCCAAGGUGCAUCCACAGCCAAACAUAAGCUGGAGCCUGGAACCUCAUCUCACAGACAUCAUGGCCAACUCCAGGAGCUACAAAAAACUGCUGUACGUCUGGGAGGGCUGGCACAAUGCGUCCGGUGUACCCCUCAAGGACCACUACCCCAGGUUUGUGGAGCUCAGCAACAAUGCCUCUCAAGCUGAUGGGUUUGCGGACACUGGAGCUGACUGGCGGUCGUGGUAUGAGACUAAGACCUUUGAACAGGAUUUAGAGAAACUCUACCAGACCAUUGAGCCCCUCUACAAGAACCUGCAUGCCUUUGUGCGCCGCCAGCUCUACAACCAGUAUGGGCCCAAGUACAUCAACCUUAAAGGACCUAUCCCUGCCCACCUGCUAGGAAAUAUGUGGGCUCAGACCUGGAACAAUAUUUAUGGUAUAAUGAUCCCAUUUCCUGACAAACCCAACCUGGACGUGACUGAUGAAAUGGUCAAACAAGGCUACAAUGCCACGCACAUGUUUCGUGUGGCCGAGGAGUUCUUCACCUCUCUCGGGUUGCUGGAGAUGCCUCAGGAAUUCUGGGACGAAUCGAUGCUGGAGAAGCCCGAGGGUCGAGAGGUGGUGUGCCAUGCGUCUGCCUGGGACUUUUACAACCGCAAAGACUUCAGGAUCAAGCAGUGCACCACAGUGACCAUGGAGCAGCUCUUCACUGUACACCAUGAGAUGGGACACGUCCAGUAUUACCUGCAGUACAAGGACCAGCCCGUGGGCUUCCGUCGCGGAGCCAACCCCGGUUUUCACGAGGCUAUUGGCGAUGUAUUGUCUUUGUCAGUUUCCACACCCAAACAUCUGAAAACCAUCAAUCUAUUGGAAUCUGUGACCUCCGACCCCGAAACUGAUAUCAACUACCUGUUAAAGAUGGCUCUGGAGAAGAUAGCCUUCCUUCCCUUUGGCUACCUCAUCGAUCAGUGGAGAUGGGGCGUGUUCAGUGGUAGCACUCCUCCAGAUCGGUACAACGCUGACUGGUGGUACCUCAGGACAAAAUAUCAAGGCAUCUGCCCACCCACCAGACGUACAGAGGAGCAGUUUGAUCCUGGGGCGAAAUUCCACAUCCCUGGAAACACGCCAUACAUCAGGUAUUUCGUCAGCUUCAUCCUGCAGUUCCAGUUACAUGAAAAACUCUGCGAAGCAGCCAAACACACUGGUCCUUUACACACAUGUGACAUCUACCGCUCCAAAGAAGCAGGCGCCAUUUUAAAGAAAGUUCUCCAGGCCGGCUCCUCCAAGCCUUGGCCUGAGGUGCUCCUGGAGGCUAUAGGCACCAACAAGAUGGAUGCUAGCUCACUGAUGAAAUACUUUGACCCCAUUAUUAAGUGGCUUGAAAAGCAAAACGUAAAUGAGACCUUGGGAUGGCCUGACUUCGACUGGGUCCCACCCGUCCCUGAGGGCUACCCCGAGGAUAUUGACAAGAAUACAGAUGAGCUUGAUGCGAAGAAGUUUCUGGAUGAGUACAACAGUACAGCUGAGGGGGUGUGGAACGCCUACACUGAGGCCUCCUGGAAGUAUAACACGGACAUCAAUGAAGGCAAUAAGCAGGCGAUGCUUGAGAAAAACCUGGAGAUGGCAGGCCACACCCUGAAGUUUGGACAGAAGGCCCGCCAGUACGACUCCACGGACUUCCAGGAUGGCUCAGUCAAACGCAUCAUCAAAAAACUCAGUGACAUUGAGCGUGCUGCACUUCCCUCCGCACAGCUUGAAGAGUACAACACUCUCCUGUCCAACAUGGAGACCAAGUACAGUGUGGCUGAGGUCUGCAGAGACAAUGGGACAUGCCACCCUCUGGAUCCAGAUCUCCAGAAGAUCAUGGCAGAGUCCAGGGAUUAUGAUGAAUUGUUAUUUGCCUGGAAGGGGUGGAGAGAUGCUGCUGGAAAAGUGCUUCGUCAGGAUUACAAGAGAUAUGUUGAACUGGCCAACCAAGCGGCCAAAAUCAAUGGUCACCCUGACAAUGGGGCUUUCUGGCGCUCCCUGUACGAAACCCCGACCUUUGAGGAAGACCUGGAGUCUCUGUGGAAGGAGCUGGAGCCGCUCUAUCAGAACGUACAUGCGUAUGUUCGCAGGGCUUUGUACAAAAAGUAUGGCCCCAAGUACAUCAACCUGAAGGCGCCCAUUCCUGCUCAUUUGCUGGGCAACAUGUGGGCACAGACAUGGUCUGGCAUCAUGGAUUUGGCCAUGCCCUAUCCACAUGCCACACAGGUUGACGCCACGCCAGCAAUGGUGGAACAGGGCUGGAAUGCCAUCAAAAUGUUUCAGGAAUCAGACAAAUUUUUCACCUCUCUCGGUUUGCUGCCAAUGCCACAAGAGUUCUGGAACAAAUCCAUGCUGGAGAAGCCAUCUGACGGACGCCAGGUGGUGUGCCACGCCUCAGCAUGGGACUUCUACAACCGGAAAGACUUCAGGAUCAAACAGUGUACUGUUGUGACCAUGGAUGACCUGAUAACAGUGCACCAUGAGAUGGGCCACGUCCAGUACUUUCUGCAGUACAAAGAUCAGCCUGUGUCCUUCCGUGACGGGGCCAACCCUGGAUUCCAUGAAGCCAUCGGCGAUGUGCUUGCCCUUUCUGUGUCCACGCCCAAGCAUCUGCAGAGCAUCGGCCUCCUGGACAAAGUUGAGAGCAACGCUGAGAGCGAUAUCAACUUCCUGAUGAGCAUGGCGCUUGACAAGAUCGCCUUCCUACCCUUUGGCUACCUGAUGGACCAGUGGAGAUGGAAGGUAUUUGAUGGACGCAUCCCACCGACUGAGUACAGCAAAGAGUGGUGGAACCUCAGAAUGAAAUACCAGGGACUGUCUCCACCUGUAGCCCGCACUGAGGAUGACUUCGAUCCUGGUGCAAAGUUCCACAUUCCUGCUAAUGUGCCCUAUGUUAGGUACUUUGUCAGCUUCAUAAUCCAGUUUCAGUUCCACAAGGCUCUGUGUGAGGCUGCCAAACAUGUUGGACCUCUCCAUACCUGCGAUAUUUAUACAUCUAAAGAAGCAGGGAAGCUGCUGGGUGACGUGAUGAAGCUGGGCUCCAGUAAGCCCUGGCCCGAGGCAAUGACCAUGAUCACCGGCCAGCCCAAAAUGAGUGCCCAGCCACUCAUGCAGUAUUUCCAACCCCUUAUUCAAUGGCUGGAGGCAGAGAACAACAAGAACAACGAUAUUCGCGGGUGGCCUGAGUACGCCUGGAAACCUUCAAGUGCAGUUGAAGAUAAAACAAGUAGAGUGGACUUCCUGGGCAUGAGCGUGGACAGCCCAGCUGCCAUGGCUGGACAGUGGAUCCUAUUGGUCAUUGGCCUGGUGCUCUUGGUGGCCACAAUCCUAUUGGCCUACAAAUACAGGAAGUCAAGAAAGCCUGAAAAGUCCUUAUCCACCAUGGAGCUCAAGCAAAAGGACUAGUCGUCAGUGAUGGUUAAAGUAAGGCCCUAUGUAACUAGCACAGUGAAAACCUCAAUGUGAACAGCCAUGUUUUGUGUAUUGUACAAUAGAUCUGAUCAAAUUGUGUUUUCAUAUGCUCUUCCUCCUUAUCCUCCCUUGUGUUGUGUAUUUAUUGUAUACACUUGAAGUCAUUGUUGGGGGUUUGGGUUGCCUAUGGAAAUGAACAACACUAUUUCAUAAUUUAUUUGUAAUAUUGGAAUGUCUAGUGAGAUUUUUUUUUCGACAAAUGUAAAGUUGUUGAUUGUGUAAGCAUUUUUGAAUAUUUGAUUUUUUUCUUUUUUUUUAGUUAAAUCUUUUCUAUAAUAAAGAGAUGAAAUAUUUA